AUGGCGGCGCCCUUGCGACAAACUGGAAACACUUUUAAAAAUAGUGUUUAUUUACUGCUUAAUCGUGGUCAGGGGGUAUUCUUCAUUAGAAACAAGAGCAUUGAAGUGUCUCCUAUGAUGAAGAAAAUAAUGAACAAAGGAAAUAGGAAAAAGACUGUAGCCUGGUCAGUGCCUUUCAAUCCUGAGGCCCAGGGAACAACUGUCAAAUCCGGUGCUAAGAGCAAGGUACGAUACUCAGACGGGGUGAUACGUCGAACCAACUGGGUGGGCAAUGUGCUUGAAGAUACCAUCCUGCAGAUAUUCGCCAACGGGGAGAUGGAUGUAUUUGUAAACAUAAUCAAGGUUGAAGUUGUUCCAAGCUACUCUGCACUGAAGGUUUGGUGGGAGGCGAGCGGAGUGCAAGAAAAAGACAAACUUAACAGCUCCUUGAAACACAGGCUGGCAAACUCAGAUACAGAAUUGGAGCUGGAGGAGACAGAGGGAAAGAAGCUUGAACAUCAGGGAGAUUUGAAAAGGAAACAGGCACGGAGAUCUGCUGGGCAUAGUAGUGAUUUGGUGGUAAAACGAGGUGAAACUGAUGUUGAAAGAGUUGAGUUUAAUGAUAAAUUGUUUGAUUAG